AUGACCUCCCUUGCCAAAGCUCUAGAUCUAACUGUCUCCUCCCUACAGGGCCGCCCAAGAGACCUGGCCCGGGAGCUUGCAGCCAGAUUCGUCACCCUUGCAAAGCAGGACUCCCCUCAGCAGAUUUCUCAGAUGCCUGUGGUUGCACCCCCACAGCCACCCAGACAGAUGGAACAGCCAAACCAUCCUCCCACUCCUGAAGCUUCCAAAAGCCCCCUGAACAGGCAAACCUCGCAGCCUACAACCUGGGCAUCCCUAACAGCUCCAAGAACUGGCCAGGGGAACUGGCAAACUAUUGCCCCUGAACACCAUAUGCAAGCCAAGCAAACAGCACAACGAAGGCUGAAGCAGUCAAACAAGACUGACCACCGCAUCUUCCUCCGCCUCCCGGCCUCCUCCAGCCUCCGAGCUAUUGGACCACAUGGCAUCCGGGUCACCCUUGCUGGGAAGGUUCCGGACGGGAUCACACAGGUACAAGUAAUAUCAACCGGGUAUGCAAUCACUACAACAGAACAGGGCAAGGCUUUCCUACUAUCAGAGAAGGCUGCAAGCCUAGCUGGGGAUGGGUACUUUGAAAUUCCAACAGAGUACCACCAGACAUUAGCAUGGAAGCAGAGCGCAUUACUGGCAUUAAGCCUCUCAUGGCCAAGCUCUCAAAACACCCAGUAG